UGCCUCGAAUGGGGAGGGAGGAGAGCGGCGCGUGGGGGUCGCCUGGCUUCCCUCCCUCUCCCCCCUCCCUCGGAGUGCGCGUGCGCGUCCCCUAUCCACCGGUACGCCGCGAUCCUUUUCACGAGGGCGCCCGCCGGGAGGAGCUGCCGCAGCUGCAUCGACCCAACUCCGCCCAGAUUGGGCAAGCAGAGCCCUACGUCGCAAUUCGUUGGGGUUUCCUUUCCAUUCGGUUACGGGGAAGAAGCAGGGCGGCGAAGAGGAGAAGGACUAUUGCGGAUUCCCCAAUCCUUCACACCAUGCAAGUGGCUGAGGAUGCCUGCACCCAUUUGGAGGAUGAACUGCUCUUCUGUGAAGACUGUCGUCUUUAUUUCCGCGACUCCUGCCCACAACAUGGACCCCCCACCUUUGUGGCUGACACACCUGUUCCAGAAAGAGCUCCAUCACGGGCACUGCUGUCCCUGCCUGAGGGACUUCUGGUCAAGGAGCGUUCCCAAGGAAGCUUUGGAGUGUGGAGUGCACUCCCAGCCCUACCUCGUGGCUGCAUCUUUGGGCCCUAUGAGGGGGAAGUGGUCCGAGAACAUCGUGACUGCACCCGUUAUUCUUGGGCGGUUCGGAACAAUGGGUCCUAUUUUUUCAUUGAUGCUUCUGAUGAUUCCAAAUCCAACUGGAUGAGAUAUGUGGCAUGUGCCUCCACUGAGGAUGAGCAGAACCUAACUGUAUUCCAAUACCGAGGUUACAUCUACUACCGAGUCUGCCAAAUUAUACCUGCUGACACAGAACUUCUGAUCUGGAUUGGAGAGGAAUAUGCUCGCACUCUAGGACUGCGUUUGGGUGAGCAUUUCAAAUAUGAAUUUGGCGAGAAAGAAUUAUUGAUGAAACUCUUCCAAGAGCUGCAUGUCAAGACUCAGUCACCAACUCCAGGUCCCCAUGCUCCUUCUUCUCGAACCCAAUAUCUGUGUGGAGAUGCCACUGCCUCAUCUUUCCUGCCCCUCCACAAGCCAGGCCUUCCCGUAGGAGGAAGCACAUUUCCCCUGCUGGAAGGGACACAAAAUCUGGUGGGUUUGGGCCGGGCUCAAAGCCGCUACUGGACUUUUUUUGGCUUCCAGGGGGAUGCCCUUGGGCGCAUCCUUGACAAGAGCAAGAUCAUCUGCAAGCUUUGUGGAGUCCGGCUGAGCUACAGUGGAAACACCACCAACUUACGCCAACAUCUCAUCUACAAGCAUCGUUGUGAGUACAACCAGCUCAUUGGGACGCAGGUGGCCACCCUCGACAAAGGAAUGGCUGGUGCAGGCAAGUUUGGAACUCCUCGGCCUCCAGUCCCUGGCCGGACGACACGGGCAGUGGCUGACUUUAUUGUGUUGGACCUGAUGCCAGUGGAGGUGGUAGAAGGUGAGGGGUUUGGGCAGAUGCUAGCAGUUCUGGACCCCAACUACAAACCUCCUGAAGCUGCUGCCCUGGCCCAUUCAGUGCUGAAGGACAUGUAUACCCAGGUGAAAGGGAAAAUCUGGGAACUGGUCCGUGCCCUGCCUCAGUGUUCCCUUAGUCUGGAUGUAUGGCAUCACAGCAGCACUCUGACCUACCUCACACUCACUGUGCAUUAUGUGGAUGACUGCUUUGAACCCCGGGCCAGGGUCCUCUCAAGCCGCCCUAUUCCUGAGAAUCCCAGCACUGAAUGCCUGGUGGAGACUCUGACUGAGGCCACCAAAGAAUGGGGAGUACACGAGAGCACUUUGUACACUGUGGGAGGCCUGGGCUCUGCCGUCCAGCAAGCAGCUGCAGCCCUGGGGUGGACAGCCCUGCCUUGCAUUGGGCAGGCCUUGCGGGCAGCGAUGGAAGCAGUGCUGGGCCAGCCGGUGGCCCAGAGUGCCCUGGAGCGCCUCCGUCGCUUGGCUUCUUGGGCACUGACCGGAGUAGGCCGUAAUGAAAAACUAUGGUUCCGGGAGCCCCUCCUGCAAGCCCACCUCAGUCGUUUCCUGAGAGAUGGGAGCAGAUGGCACAGUGUCUACACAAUUCUACAGGACUUGCUAGAGUAUAGCAAGUCUCUGUCAGGGAUCGGUCCCGAUGGGGAGGCAGUCCUACACCCACAGGACUGGACUGCCCUUCAGGACAUAGUCCAAGUUCUCAAGUCCAUGGCAAUUGCUACCUCAACAUUUACCAAAGAUCCCUUUUCCAGUCUCGCCCUAGUCAAACCCGUGUUAACUAGCCUGCUCUACAAGCACUUGGUAGCCAGUGAGUGGGACUCUGUUCUGGCUCUCGAAGCCAAAGCAGCAGCUCGGAAGGAAUUGAACCACCAUUUCUCCAGCCCUGAAGUUAACCAGGCCCUCAAUCUAGCCUGCGCUCUGGAUCCCCGCUUUCAUGGCCUGGACUUCUUGAGCCAUUCUGAUCGGGUGGAAACUUUGCACUUGCUCAAGGCUGAAGUGUCCCAUUUGGCCGAGGCCCCUGCCUUCUUAACCUCCAGCCUUCCUGAUGUGGCUUCCUCAUCUCCCCCUUCCAAGCUGCCAAAGCAAGAUGCAGGCAUUGAAUUCCUGCUGGGAGAUCUUUGCAGCAUGCGUGGGGGCCCAGGCAUCAGCUCUGCCCAUCAGCAAGCCGAGCAGGAGACAGCUAGUUUCCAAACCAGCAAAGCCUGUGCCCUCGCUCAGGAACCCCUGCAGUGGUGGAAGAUCCACCACACCCAGUACCCAUUACUGGCCCGGGCAGCCCGCAAGUUCCUAGGAGUGCCUGCCACCUCAGUGCCUACUGGCUGGAUCUUCAGCAGCACUGGGGAUGCCAUCCACACUAAGCGCCAAGCCCUGACACCAGAGCAUGUUGAUAUGCUUGUAUUCCUCCAUGGCAACCGUGCAAUGCUCUAUUAGAGUACACAAAGAAAGCAGGCUUGGGUGAGCAUCUGUCUGCAGGAUCUUUGAGCAUUCCAUCACAAAAGACUGAAAUGGGAGAAAAGUUCCCAUGUGUCCUGUAUCUACUUCCCUCUGCUUGGCUGGCCAAAAGGUCCAGAGGGCACCUACAGUCUGUGUGUUUUGGAGAAAGGGAAAUAGAACAAACCAUUUGGGUGUUUUGUGGGGGAGGGGGAGGGAAAGUCCAUGAGCCAAACUAGGGCAGACCUCGAAUUGCAUCAUCCGGGGAUCAAAAUACAGUUUUCCCUCUACUCCCACCAGCUGUUUGGGAGCUAUGAAAAUAUUAGUUCAAUGAAGUUGUAGAGCACCAGCUAAGAAGGCUGAUCUGGAAUAAAAGAAACAGCUGUAGCUUUUAGUAGGCUUUGUUUGGAAGGGGGAGGGGGAAGGCCGAAUUAGAUCAUGUUGAAUCUUCCAGAGAAGUAGGAGGGCUGAUGUGCUGGAAUAUUCCAUAAAUGUGAGGGAAACGAAUGUUUUUGAGAGUGUAUAGCUGUGUAUUCUACACAGUAGGCCUCGCCUCUCAGAGAAGAGAUACCACAGGGGGCGGGAACAAGCCAUGUAUGGGUCAGAAGGAGAGAUCAUUUGAGGACAGAAAUGAUGUAUUAAGAGUAAGUAGGGACAUAAAAAGGAGAAUAGGAGUGGACUAGUCCGUGCCUACCAUAGAGACAGAUUCAUAACAGGGAAAAAGAUAAGGGGUGGGGAGAAAUAAAUUGGUGUAGGGAGCUGAAAAUAAUGACAGCAGUGGUUCAGGGAAACAGGAGGAGGGCAUGGAAUAUUUCAAGAAGUUUGGGUUGUAAUUCAGACACAUGCAAGCAGGCAUGUGAUUGGUGUCAAGGGGUUUUUGCUUUUCAAGGAGCCCUGGAGUACCUAAACAAAAGGUACAUUAACCAAGCCUUUUCUCAUACUAACUUAUGGAAUGAUGAUGGACAACAUAAUUGAUGGAUGACUUCCCGGUACUGAGAUAUAUUGCUUGCACUAUGGAUUCUGUGAAUGUAUGUAGCAUUCCUUUCUCUCCUCACCCAUCCCCCAAAAUGAAG